UUUUGCAGCGACGGCCGUUGUCAUCAAGCCAUUUCACAACCAUAUGGGAAGUGCUAAACGGAUGGUGAAGUUUUUGACUUGCCAUUCAAGUGCUCAAUGCUCCUGACAAAGUGGCCGACAUACGGACAAACAGCAUUUCACGGACGCAGGGUACCGCCGAUAUCUAGAGCAGACAACGAGAGUUACGCCUGUCGCCCCGUUGUUUUGCUCCAGAUCUGAGGUCAUACUUCCUCCGUGGUGCCUUGGAGGCUAUCCGGACGGCGACAGCGUGGCAUGCUGCUUUGCAUGCUACCAACGUUGCGGGCUCCUGUUGGCCUACUGGAAGGCCAUAGAAAUCAGAUGGUCGGCCCUGUGACGACAAGUUCUGUGGGUGUCUAUUACGUUCAGAUUAUUUCAAUUAUGAGCCGCCAUCCGCGACUCUCCCUUGGCUUUGGACAUUGAUUGCUUUUUCCAACGGGAAACCCCCAUUUGCGACUACUUCCUCGGUUCGGACAACCCAUCGCUCCGCAGGUGCCUCGACUAUCAGUACUUAAGCCCUGCACGAGUCGCAUAGUCUCUCAGCAUCUGAGUAUUGCCCUCGACCUUCCGCACUACCUGCACUUGUCUACCAACACUUCGCCUGCAACGACUUGACAUCCACAUCUUCGACAUGGCCACAUUUACCAUAGCCCCGACGACAAUCAGAGCUCAGAUGCCCUCGGUUUUCGGCUCUAUCACCCUUCACAACGACGCCACAAUUUCCCCGCCAGACUCCCCACUUUCGUAUGUCGAUCUGUCCCUAACUUCCCUACCAAACGACCUCGACUACCAAAGCGAUCCCCACCACCUUCCCGGUUUCGACUCUAAGGAGUACGGCGCACAGCGCAAACCCGUCUUCUACCUGCCGCCGCUGCUCUCUCUGCCUCUCGAGGCUUUAUGCCUUCCAGAGCCAGCAGGCAGCUACCGGCCGUACACGACAUACCAGCCAGACUUCGCUGCCGUAACACUAGACCUGCACAAGGCUCUGCAUCGAUUCCGCCCGAUUACGGAGAACCACGCAGAAGCACCGUUCGACGAAGCGUUCAACUGGGAAGAGCUGUAUCUCCCGGAAGAUACCGAACGCGAAUGGUUCGCGGUAGUCACACACAGCAAGACAAAGAACGGCAGUGAUGAUGGUCGUAAGAGCUCCCGACCCGAAUCGUCCCGUUAGCAUACCGUUACUAAUCAAUUUCGCCCACGCUAGCUCUUUACGACGUGAACAGAGAAGCACACGAAGAAGCCGUGCGCCACGGCGGGGUACACUCCAACCUGUCUUUUUCUAUAACAAUACUGAUGUAUUGUGAUACGUGGCAGCUCGUUCUGUAUUGGGACAGUGCACCACACCCUGUCACGAGGGUCAAGACGACCACCUGCAUCUGGCGAUCACGCGCCCACGCAAUCGCAGCACAUUCGGGGCCACACCACAUUCGUGCCCUCCGCCGCGCUAUCGCCACGCACGAGCGAUACGAUACACACCGAUACCGCCUGCGCAAGGUUCGCGGCGAGUGCACGCUCCGAGUAGAGCGCUACGACAACGGCGACGAUGGCUGGUAGGAGGAUCUAGGGCUCUGUGAGCUGGUGAGGGGAGUCCCGGGUAGUUGCUGGCGCAUUUUCCGCUUUCCCCCUCACAUUUCCCUCUUCGGGCUUCUGCCCGUCACUCUUAAUCUCGGUUACGACGGCUACUAUAAAGCCUCCUGCAGUCUUCAUACCCCCUCUUUGAUCACGCAUAUUCUACGAGAUCCGACUACUCGUUUCAGCUCGCUUUGUAUUAUUAUCAUCCGAACUUGUAAAUCAGCACGUUGUAACAUUCAUCUCAUCACACGGAGCAC